ACGUGGAACACCAAAACCCUACAUACCCAUAGUCUCUCUGAGUGAGAUAUAGGAGCAAUGUCUACGCUUGAGAUCGAAGCUCGAGAUGUCAUCAAAAUUGUGCUUCAGUUUUGCAAAGAAAAUUCCUUGCAUCAGACUUUUCAGACGCUACAGAAUGAGUGCCAGGUUUCCCUGAAUACUAUGGAUAGCGUUGAAACCUUUGUUGCUGAUAUUAUUAGUGGAAGAUGGGAUGCAAUAUUGCCUCAAUUUUCUCAACUCAAGCUUCCCCGGAUAAAUUGGAAGAUUUAUAUGAGCAGAUUUGCUGGACUAGCUGUGACAUGAUGAGAGGCAACUGAAUUUGGAAACCAUUCAAUUGCUGGAGCAGCUGUGGGUGUAGGCAGCAACGCUGGUUGAGUUGCAAUCAUAGCUUGUGGUGCUGCUGUAGCAGGUUUGACAUACUGAUAAGACCUUGGCUGAUUCUGUGAUUGCUGUGUCUACACAAAAUACUGAUUAUUAGCUGAGACUUCAGGUGGAGGAAGGUUUCGGUCAAAGUCCUCAUCAAAACGGUGCCAACAUGUCAUAAUGUCAUGACCAUACUUGAAUGUUGUGUGUGGAAAAUUAAGGAGAGGAAAUUUGAAUGUUGUGAGUAGCCUUUGCAGUCUUUUGGUGCAUAUUAUGGUUGGAGCAGAAUGCUUGUAUGUUUAAAGGCUUAUCAUGACUCAACAAAAGAGAAGCGUCGUGUGCUAAUAGCCCAAGAUGCAUUUAGUGCUGUGGAAAAGAUACUACAUACUCUCAGAUCACUGCUGCCAAUUUUGGAUCCAUUUCAACUUUCACCUCAAAAUGAAGUAUUCGAUGCUGUGCUUUGUGUAGACUUUAGCAGGGAUUCGGAGAUGCUUGCAUCUGGGUCACAAGAUGGAAAGAUUAAAGUGAGUAUUACAUAUCUGCAUUUAAGGCUGCAUGGCCAACCUUCAUGCACAUAUAAUACUGAUCAACAUCGCUCUGAUGAUAUCACGGGGAAAUAGAACUGCGCUGUGCUUCAGAAAAACAUUCAUUUGGUGAAUUUAUGAUUGUAGUCUCUGUGAAGCGUGACAGAGUAGUUAAUAGCAGUAAAUCAAGCUGCUACAGCAGAUAUGCAGGGCAGAGCGGCCUCUGGCCUCUUUAAGUUCUAUAACAGCCAGUCAACCUCAAUUCUGAAUAAGAAUGAAAUACCUGUUUUGUCCAUUCUUUUUCUAUUACCCACUCAUUUGUUUAGGGAGAUUUUUGUGAUUUUAAUUUACACCCCUUUUUUGGAUCAAAAGGAUUUUCGGGUUAGAAUUCUUUUAUACAUAAAAAAACCCAGCAGCCCCACCCUCUGUACCUCAGGUGUUCGUAUUCCGACUACCACCCAGCAGCCAAGCAUUUUUCGGUCAAAUCUGUCCGAUUUUUGGCAGCCUCGGCCUCUCUUCUCAGGUCUUUGCUCUGUCCCUCUGUUUUGCUCAGCUUAUCCAUUCCCAGCUUCUUCCUCUUUUGCAUAGCUCUGCCUUUUUUUUUUUGAAUAAGUGAUAACGUGCAAUGUCUUUUUUUCCUCAUUAUGCCUCUUGACUUUUGUUAUUGACUUUUUAAUUAUUCUUUAGAUUGAUGGUGAUGUGUAUCCAGACUAUGACUUUGGAUUAUUAAUGAUGUAUGUCUUUAAUUUGGGUUAUGUUUUAUUUUUGAGUAUUUACAUGUAUGUAGUAUGAAUUGUUUAUCUUGUAUCCAUUAUCUUUGGUGUGUUGGCUAUUUCACUAUAAUGCUUUUUGGGUCUGCCGCCUGCACUGUAUCUGGCAUUGUCAACUAUGACACAUCAAUGUAUCAUACAUUCUUAGAGUGAACACUCCUGUGUGUUAGCUUUCUGUAAUGUGCUGUAAUAUAUAAGAUGUUUGUUGAAUUGAUGCAUUACUAUAGUACUGCACCUCCUAGAUUUAUUUUCCUGCACCCUAGCAGUCAGCUUUGCUAUUAGCCCACGUGACCU